CGCGCGGCGGGUCCUCGCGUUGCCCCGGGCAACCAUUUGGCACCCGGGCGACCUAUGAAGGGGAAAAGGCUUGACGAGUCAAGAUGGCGGAGGACCUGGACGAGCUCUUGGAUGAAGUCGAGUCUAAGUUUUGCAAACCCGACGCUCUGACACUGAGCAUGGCUGAGCGGCCCACAGGCUGCGGCGGUAGCACCCACAGCAGCGACCGGAACCGAGGCAACGCGAAAGAGACUCUCAGAUCAACAGAAACAUUUAAAAAAGAAGAUGAUCUUGACAGACUUAUUAAUGAAAUAUUUGAAGAGCCCAACUUUGACAAAAAACCCUUUAAAUUAAAAUCUAAAUCUUCAGGUAACACAUCUGUCAAAGCUUCCAUUCAAGGCUCUGGUAAAAGUUGCAGUCCAGUCUACCUUGGUGGGAGUGCUGUUCAAUUUGGGAUUGGAACAAAUACUUCAUGGAGAGCGUGUGACCAUCUGCGCUGUGUAGCCUGUGAUUUCUCGGUAGUAAGCUACAAUGACUAUAUGUGGGACAAAUCAUGCGAUUAUCUGUUUUUCAGGAACAACAUGCCAGAAUUCCACAAAUUAAAAGCAAAGUUGGUCAAGAAGAAAGGAACCCGGGCAUAUGCCUGCCAGUGUAGCUGGAGAACUAUCGAAGAACUGACUGACCUUCAGACAGAUCAUCAGCUUCGUUGGGUCUGUGGUAAACAUUAAGAAUACAGAUUUCACAUUCAGACAAAUGCAUGCAUGAGAGCAGUCUCCAUUAAUAUCAUAUUUAAGCAAAGAUUACCUAGCAAUAUCAUGCCCUUUGGAAAAAGACAGUGAAUUUUAUUUAAUGUAACUACAAAUUUUUGAAGACCAAAUGGACUUGGGAAGAUAAUGUGUUAUAAUACUUUGUAAUUAAUCCUUUUUGAUACAUAGACAUUUCACUUAGUAAAGUGAAAAGUAUCCACAUUCUUUGCUACUCUAUGUCCUGUUAAAUGGAAGUUUAAUUAUAGAGUUUUAUACAAAUAUAUAGCCUUUCAUUAGCAAUUGUAGUAUUGACUGCUAAUACACUUAGCAAAACAUUCCUUAUUUAUAGUAAUUAAAGCAGAUAAAGCCAACCAGGGCAGAGAACUCAUUUAGGGAUGUCUACAACACCUCCUCUAGUCUGAUCUAGUAUUGCCAAAGAUCAUAAUUUAGACAUGGCAAAACCAGGUGAUCAUUAGCUAACUUAAGAGUUUUCAGGAUUAUAGAUAUGUUGUAAAACACUGCCUUAUAUCUGAUCUUACCUUACCAACUCAAAGCAAUGUUAUACACAAUAAUAGGUGUAUAUUACCAGUUUUAGAUUAUUUCUCCACCUUUUGUUCAUUUAUAUACCAGAAGUUUAGUUUAUUUUAGUAAAUAUCCAUUUAUAUAUUAAGAAAUUUGUGAUGUACCCAAAAUCACAAAAAUCCUAAUCAGGUCAUUGUUCGGGUGUCCAAGUACUUAGCCUUUAAUGCCUAAUGCUCCAUCAAGUGAAGUGAACAGCAAGUAAGAUAAUCUUUCAGGCAGCCUGUGGACUUUUCUGAUAGGAUCACGUUGACAUAUUGUUUAUUAGAUGAGUACAUAAAAUGAGAAAUAAACCAUAACUGUUUUCA